CCUCCCCCGCCAGGAGACCCGCCGCUUGGGGAGGGCGGACCGCGUCGGGGUGCCGGUGGCGGCCUAAUGGCUGCUGCCGCUUUCGGUUAGGUGGGGCUGGCUUUGCUGAUGUCUGCACGGCAGAGGAGGCUCCUUUGUAGCGGAUCCUGGUUUGCUCUGUGUAACGGUGGUGGCUGCUGGGUAAAAUAUAUUGUCGGCUUGUAUUUAUGCUUUGUGGUUGUAAUCUAUAGAUGACUAUGUAAAUGAAUGUGGAUCGCAUAUAAGUGGCUGUUCAACUCAUAGGUUCUUCGCUAGAGAAGGCCUCAGGCAAUUUCUCACGGUUUGUGAGAAGUUGAUUCAUUUUAUCAAAUGUUAAUAUACUAAAGGUACCUGACUUGCUGGGAAAGUGAACCCUGUGUGGUAUCAAAGGGCACAUUGCCUGGAGAGAGAACUACCGAUCUGACAGGUUUCAUCUCUGAGAGACAACUUGUUUCUAGGUGAAUUCUAUGGAAACCAGCGUUGAUCUGAUGCCAUUCAACCUUAUUGUCAGUGGAUGUAAGAACAAAGGUAGCUAUUUUUUUUAAACAAAACCGAAACACCCUGAAACUACCCUUCCCAGGACCUGUGGAGGCCAGUGGGUGAUGCAGAAAUUUGUGGUAAAUAUCAAGUCAGUCCUAGAAAGCACUUUUGAGAUUCUUGAAGCUUGAGUUCAUGUAAGUACGUUUUAACAGUGCUAGAUCAAGAUGUGAAAGAUGCCAGCUGUAUCCAUGCAGUGAGAUUGUAUCCUGAGAAGCAGUUAUCCUGGAGAAGAGCCUCUGUUAAGGAGCAGAAAGGUACACGGUUUUGUUUGCAACUGUUGAGGCUAGAACAGGAAUACAGUGCAGAGUUUUGAUAUUUUACUGGGGGGAGAGGGGGCAUGACAUACCAAAAACCCUGCAGUGAAGACAUCUAAUAAUCACACUCAGGGUCAAUAUGUUUAUUUCAUCCAAAACAAAUAAAAAUAACUAAAAUGAUAAUUCCAGAGUAUAUAGCUUCAGUAAGAGGAGAACAUAAGUAUUUUUUAAAUGGCUUUUACAGCAGUUCAGGAAGACUUCUGAGGAACUGAUAAUCGGAAGCUAAAGCUAUGAAUAAGAAAUAACGCACCCUUUUAGAACUGAGUAUAACAGGAUGAGAGUGGGCUCCAUAGUUCUCAAAGUUUAGAGGCAGCUGUGGAAGAUUUGUUUUAAUUAUUCUGAGCUGCUGCACUAAUGUAUCUUUUGCAAGAGUCACAGGGUGGGAUGGUAUGGACAGGAGUAAUCUUUGGCAGUGGAGACCUGCUGUUCUCCACCGGUUUUGUAGCGCAGCUGGCACACAAACAAGUCACAUCAGAAGUGAUAAACGUCUGCUGGGUUUGGAGCCAUCUGCUUGUGAUGUGGUGACCAUCUGAAGUGAUUAGAUCUGGUCUUAGUGGGGAAGCAGCUGUGAAACUCAGUGGCCUACCAUGGGUGGAAAACUGGAACAGAUUACAAUUCCUUAUGGCUUUAUAUAAGAGGUCUUAGAAACUGCUAAGACCUCUGUUUGGAAGAAUUAUGUUUUCUGGUAGUUGAUAAUUUGUAGCAAAUGCAAGGCUUUGGUCGUUGAUCUUAAUUAAAUCUGUCCUGAAAAGCUGAAAACUAAAAAUCCAACUUCAGUCCUCUUCGUCAGUCAAAACAGACAUGGGAUGGGGCAGUAAGAUCACCAAUCUUACGUAGCUACUUCUGAUGCAACUGUUGGGUUUUUUUCUUCUGUCUGUUUACCAACUGUCUUUAUUCUUCCAAGGAAUAAACAUGCAGGUCAGACUAAGUGAUUGCACAGUAUGUCAGCACAUCAGUGCAGCUGCCGGGAGGGCAUUAAAGAUAGGGAAAGGCCAGCUGUAAAAUGUUGAUGCUUAAUGCCUGAAGGUAGAAGCUGCAGAAAUUUGCAUAUUUUCAAAAACAUUUAGAAGCUGUCAAAGAUUUGGUCUCUUUUCCAUUUUAUCUGUAUAGCUAUGUUGGGUAGUUUUACUUAUGUGGGCAGAAAUCUUGUUGUAGAUGAGGUUAUGCUGGUAGGUAUUAGUCAUGUUACAGUGACAAAAGAACCUCUGCUGAUCGAGCCAUGCCACCCAGUGGAAAUGCAGCAGAGCCUGUUGCAUCUAGAAAGCAUUUUUCUGUUUGAGAGAUGAUCUUGGAGACAGGAACUAAAUCUGGCACAUCAAGUGUUCGAAAAAUGUCAUGCAACUCAAAAAAAAAUUUAAAAAUGAAGGCAGUUGAUGCUUAGUUUUGGAUAGCUUUAGUAAAAGAAAGAUAAAGUGUUUUGGACAGCUCUUUCUAAUGAGGGUCCCUAAGGGCUGAUGAUGGAGAGAGAAAACACAGGAAUGGCAAGAGCAUGGGGAAAAAAUGCUACCACAUCCAUCAGUUUCAGUUGGGCUGGAUGUGACCAGAGAGGGUUUAGAGCUUAAAAAACACUGGGGAGGUGUUUUAUUGUGGAAGCUAUUUAGUAGGACGGAUUUAGUAUGCCACAUGUAGCACUAUGCUUCCAGAAACGGGAGGGUUUUCACAGACCUCUCUGAAAAUCACCAGUUGGGCUUGAGUGCUAUUGGUAGAGCUGGCCUGCCAGUGCCGUGUCGGAGUGGGGCUUCCCAACAUUUCUGCAGCAUGGAGCCCGCCAGGUUUGCUUGUCUCUCUUACCUGCUGUUAAUUUUCACUGCAUGGGUGUCCAGGAGGGCUUGGAUUGCAGCCCAAGAUUUUGGGGUGCAUGGUUUCUGGGUAGGUGAAGUGGCAAUCCUUCAUGAGCCUUCUCUUCAGCAUAAAAUGAGAGAGAUUCUGCUCCUAGAUGCAUUUUUUUUCAGACACCAGUCACCUCUUGCUUUCCUUCACUUUAGUUUGGCCCUUCUGGCCAUGUGUGUUCUCAGAGGUGGCUGAGAAGUGGUGCCCUGACCAGCCGAUCAGGAGCUGGCAGGCUCAGUGCUUCUGGAAAGCAGGGGAUGUGUCCAGGGGCGGUGGCCUUCAGAAAACAAAGGAAAUCUUAUCUUGCAGCACAGUGGAUUCGAGCAAGACUUCAGUUUGAAUGCUGCCAGUUCUUGUAGUCUUUCUACUCCCUGCCAAAUUACUUAAACUCUCAAAACUCUCAAAUCCUCCUUCUUCCACUCACAAUUUCUCUCUUCCCCCCCUCUCCCCCGGAAAGAAUAAUUUGAAGUAGAGUUUAAAUGUGGCAGAACGGAUGUCUAUGACAUGAAUCAGCUUUUCUCUGCUCACAUCAGUGCUUGUGCAGUGCUCUUCUAGAAAAGCUUCAAGACAAAAUGAGAGUCCAUUUGUUAACUCUACUGACUAAAAAUCUAGUUGAAGACACCAUUCCGUACAUUUUUCUAAAACCUUGAGCCCACGCGUGACCAGUGGGGACUUGAAAAUGGAGCUACUCAGAGGUCUGACAGUGUCACUGAGGUCAGUUUGUGAGUGUGUGAAUGCCUUGGGCAAUACUCUUACAAAUGUAAUUGGCAUUUCUCUAAGGUAUUGAUUGAAAUUCUUUGUGCUAGUGUUGAACGACUUGAAUGGAAUAUAGAUUCUAGGUUUAAGUAUAGAUUAGUUCAUAUGUUGUCUGAACGUGUCUAACGGUAAUUUUGGUUUCUUUUUCAUUAAAUGAAGGUGGCAGUACCCAGAUUAAAUGUAUGUUUAAGAAACGUCCCUGAAGUAGGCCAUCCUGUCUGCAAGAGGAUCCUUGACAUGCUUGGCAUUGACUCAGUUAUGCUAAAUGUUGCCAACAAAUGUUGCUCUUGUCUGCUUGCCAAAGUAAAAAAGCCACUAACUCUCAUUAUAAGCUGUGCUUAACAACACUUUUUUUUUUCAUAAGUCAUGCAGCAGAAUUGUUUCCUUAAUUUUCAUGGCACAGAAGUAUUUGGAAAUUACCUGCUGACCAAUACUGGGGAUAUUUGUUGAUAUUUUGUAAGCAGGCCUGUUUCAACUUCUUAUCCAAUGCUUUGACUUGAAUUUACUACUCUCUGUCACUUUAGUGACAAAUCAUGGGAUUUUCUUCUGAGUUCUCCUUUAGGUCUGUUUCCUCUCUUCCUCCUUUCCCCUGCAGCAUAUGUUCUGACAUCUUCUGUGAGCUUUUUUUCAACCACUUGUAGUUCUGUUUUUCAAUUAGUCUUAUUCCAUCUCUCCAUUUGCCUAAAGAAAGGAUGAUUCUCUUGGCCUGUUUUGGUGUGGCUUUUUGUUAACCUGUUGUUUUGGUGGGUUGGGGGGGGGGAAGUGCUUAUGUGAAAAGUUAUUUUUGUACUUGUCUCUAUAUUAAGGAUUGAUCUCUUAUGUUUUGUGGGUUAUAUUAAAUAGCUUCUCUGUACUGGUAAAUUGAACUCAGUGCCACUAAAAAGCACAUAUCAACUUCUAGUUAUUAUUGAGCACAGUUCACUGUAAAAACUAAUGAACUCUUUUAAUGUAAGAGGUAUAUACUGAAGAGAAAUGGAGCUUUUUCUGAUAGAUGUCUCUCGAAUAGCUGAGCUGUUAACAGGAGCAGAAACCAUUUUCCUGAUGUAGUUCAGUUGGUUUCUCAUCUUUAAACAAAUAGUCAUUGAUCUGAACACAGUGUACCUCAUCGAUACAAAGAUUCAGAUAUUUGUACUUACCUGAAGAACUACUGCUGUUACAAGCUAAUGUUGGAGCUUUAACAAACCUUUAGAUUCAUGCAAUUAGGCACUGAUUUCCACCAGGGUACUAACUUUGUAGAUACAUAUUUCUUAAAAGGUUUAUUUAAAUUGUUAGGUAUUUCUUAAAGAGUUUCUUUAAAUUAUUAGGUGUAACUUGACAAGUUCACUGUGUUUCCACAGGGGUCUGGGUUGCUUGGUGUGGUCAUAAAUAACUUGGGAAAUGAGAUGAGCAGUGUCUACAUGUUGAUAUGAAGCCAUUCAGGAAAGUAAGGAUUAAGUAAUAAAAUGGCAGAUAUAAUUCAAUGUCAAUAAAUCUCAUGUAAUUCAGAGUAGAUAAAUGUAGAGUGGUGCAUAUAAUUUCAUAUAUAAAAUGAUGGGCUGACCCUUAACACUGAGAAAUGGAAUAUUGCCACAGAAGUGUCAGUUCCAUAGUGAUCAAAAAGCAGAUGAAACAUUAAGAAGUAUUAGGAAGGAAAUAGAAGACAAACCAGAACAUAAUUAUGAAACUGUAUAAAUCAAUGGUUAUCCCACAUCUUGAAUUCUGUGUGGUUUGUUCUUGUCAUUCAUCUCAAAAGAUACAAAAAAAAAUUGGAAAAGCCUCAAAGAGAGGCAGGGAGAACAAUCACAGGUAUGGAAUAGCUGCUGCACAAGGGUCGAUGGAAUAAGCUAGAGCUCAGCCUGGAGAGAGAACAGUUUAAAGAAAAUGAUAAAAAUCUGUAGAAUAAUGAUCAGCAUGGGCAGGGUGGGUAAGAAUAGACUUAUCGAUUUCCUUGGCUGCAAGAAUGAAGGAGCAGCAAUUGGAAUUAGUAAAAUUCAGGUUUAGAACAAAAAAGAAGGUACCUUUUUUGUGUAACAAAUAGCAGUGCUGUGGAGUUCCUUGCCAGUGGAUGUUGUAGGUACAAGUGGGGAGAGUAGAUGUGGAAAAUAAAUUACUUGAGGGUGGUUAUUGCUUCAAAAAUUGCCUUCAACUUAGGAAUUCUCUGAGCUUGAAAUCCUUGAAGUAUUGGGGUGGGCAUUGUCUCUGUUCUUGUUCUUCCCUACCGGUCGUUGAAGAUAAAACAGGAUGCAGAGUUAAUUGGUCCCUUGUUCUGAUCCAGCACUGUCCUAAGGUUAGGAAAUAGUGUAGAUAGUAAUAAACUUACAAUACAGUUUCUGAGAAGACUCUAGUUUAUAUGCUCAUUAUUUGUGUUAUGCAAUUUGUAAUCUAAAGGAGUUUAUAAACCUAUUUGUCAUAGGCUGCCUGUACAAACCUCUGUCCCUGAGACCAGUCUCUGUGUUAAAAGUCAGGUCUUCACCAUCAACAAGGAAAACCAAGGAUCGGUUGUUUUGUGGGGGGUCAGGUUGGCAGUUGUAUUUAUACUCUGGACUUACAUUUUGUGUUUUUCCUCCUAUUUUCUCUUGAUCUCCUGCACUCUGCCCUAAAACCUUCUGGCUGCACUGGGGUGUCCAGCUAUUUCACCUGCUCUUGGUCAUGUUUUUAACAGUUCUUCACUGCUAGUCAGUAUUUGUUGUCAAUUAGUCAAACUGAAUGUGCCUUCCGCUGCCUUUUUUGUAUGGCUAAUAAAGAUUGACAAAGCCAGUCAGUGUGCAUUGUGCUGAAGCUCUGGAAAGCUCUUAAGUGCAGUAGUUGCCUUCAUGAAAAGCAUGUGACUCGUGGGUCCCCAUUUUCAAUGGAAACAUUGAGGGGUCAGAAGGUAAUGCAUUAAUGCCACCUUCGCCAUGCCCACAUUGGAAGGUAAAGCAUCAGCAAACUAUAGUUCUUUUAUUUCUGACAGUAAGAUCCAUGUGGGGAUUUAAUCAUAAUUUGGUUUAGAUGCAUUAACUCCACUUGCAAGCAGCCUGCCAUACCUUUUCUGAGUCCCAGUGUAGAAAAGACCUUGAAUACUUUACAGGCAUCACUGUCUGGUAGGUUGCCUGCUCGGUAUGAAUACUUGGAAUAUUUUUUUAGUGUAAUGUGACCCAUUUACAUUAUGUGUCAGUCCUGUCUGAGGUAAGACAGGUAGAGGCUGAAGACUUUCAUUUUAAUGAGAACUUUAUCAAGAGGAGAGUAUUUGGGUAGCAGAUACCUGUAUGGGCUAGAGUCAUUAAAGCCAUUGCUAAGAGGCGCUGCCAGUUCAACACUGUGGUUUGAAUGAGACAAAGGUAGAGUUUGUCUCAUGAACUCUUGCUUGAAAUACUUUUAUUUUCAACAAAUUUCACUUUAUCUUACCUUACUUUUCAGCAAAAUGUCUGGAACUGAUGAUUUUUCGUUGGCAGAUGCUUUACCAGAUCAGUCGCCUGCUAAAACCUCCAAAGUGAGCAGCACAAAACCCGGUCAGCAGCCUGGCCAGCCACCGCAGGGUUGGCCAGCAGCUUCGAACCCGUGGAACAACCCAAGCGCUCCCCCCGCGGCGCCAGCCGGACUGCCACCCAAUACAUCCGCUUCCAGCGUGCCAUUCGGACCUCCGCCAACGGGAAUGUAUCCUUCAAUGCCCCCGGGACCGCCUGCUCCAUUUCCUCCUCCUCCUACUGGACCCUCUUGCCCUCCUCCUGGUGGUCCAUAUCCACCCCCAACUGUGCCAGGUCCUGUCCCACCAGGGCAAUAUCCUCCACCAAAUAUGCCCUUUCCAGAGCUUCCAAGACCUUAUGGUGGUCCAACAGAGCCAGCUGCACCUCCUGCUCCCGUUGGGCCAUGGGGAUCCAUGCCCUCUGGAGCAUGGGGACCAACAAUGGGAGGGCAGUAUCCUGCACCUAGCAUGCCAUAUCCACCCCCAGGGCCAUAUUCCGCUCCUACCCAGACUCCAGGGGCUGCGCCAACAGUACCAUGGGGUACGGUCCCACCUGGAACGUGGGGACCUUCACCGCCAGGUCCAUUUCCUCCACCCGCAGGAUCAUAUCCAGCUCCAGGACUCUAUCCUACGCCCCCUAAUCCUUUUCAAGUGCCAUCUGGUCCUGCUGGUGCUCCGUCAAUGCCUGGUGGUCCCCAUCCUUACCGUUGAAUACAGUCUGGGCAACAAAAUACUGUAGCUUUCCACCUUCAUCCACUACUUAGAGAUUUUUACAGUUUUUGUUUCAGUAAUGUGUGGGGCUAUGAAGAAUACUUGCCUCUUGUAUACGCAUUUGAGGUAUGAAGGAGCAGUUUGCAAAAAUUUACCUUGCUCAUAUGCUGGCCUAAUUGUUUGGUUUAAUAAAAUGAAUUACAAAGAGCGGAAAUAAAACUAACAUCUGUGGUUCUUAUGUUGGCAAGUAUUCCUUGGAAAAAUGGGAGUUGCCAAGUAAGGAUUAUAAAGAAUCAGGCCCAAGGACUUAAAAAAAGUUAAUUCUUAAAUUUCCAAGAAUGCUUUAAGUCUUGUUACCAGCCUUGUGCUGGUCACUGAAUGGAUGGAUAGUCAUAUUUUGUCUAUUUUCAGGUUGUUCUAAAAUGUCAAUAAAAGGUGUUUCAAGAUUUUUGUCAAGAAAUCUAAUUUUUGAACAUGCUACAGUAAUUCAAACUAAAGAGACAGAGCAUGUGAACUUGAAGGUUUUCUCAGCAUUUUGUAUAUACUCAAAACAAUUGCUCAGUCUGGGACUACGGAAGAGAAGACACGCAUUUGAAAUGCUUGGUCUGACUUGUCAGCACACUGUUCGUGUUCACAAACAGGCGUUUAUGUGCAAAUUAAAUAACCUGGAUGUGCAGUUAACUUUGAAUCAACAAAUGUGAGUUUUAUGCAUGCAAAUGAGGACAUCAUUUUGCCAGUUCUCAUUCUGUGGUGGUUCGAAGUUUGGCUUGGUCUAUGUAAACAGAAACUGAUUCCCACUUAGGUAAGGUACUUCCCUAUUUCUAACCUGGGUUCUAGUCAUUUAAAAUUUGGCUUUGCUGCUGGGUUGUGUAAACUUGGCAGGCUGUUUCAGAGUCCCUGGAAAUUGAACUUGAGCUUAAAAGAUGAAAAAAAA